GUCAGACAGUCUUUCACUCCCACCAUCAUCUCUGUUUACCUCUCUCAUCAACUUGCCUGCAAUGCCAUCCUCGCCUCAAGUGUUCAGGACUCCGCUCACGGAGCUUUUCAACAUCAAGCAUCCCGUCAUGCUUGCUGGUAUGAACGUUGCAGCAGGACCGAAGCUUGCAGCCGCUGUCACAAAUGCAGGCGGAAUUGGUGUAAUCGGCGGACUGGGCCAAACGCCAAAAAAUCUGCAACGCAGUAUUGAUGAAAUUAAGGAGCACCUUGAGGACAAGAAUGCACCGUUUGGCGUUGACCUUCUCAUCCCGCAAGUAGGCGGAAACGCUCGGAAGACGAACUAUGACUACACCAAAGGUCAACUACCAGAGCUGACGGAUGUGCUUAUUGCGAACAAGAUUGCAGUGUUUGUUUGUGCCGUUGGUGUUCCGCCAAAAGAGAUGGUCGAUAAACUUCACUCUGCAAAGAUUCCUGUCAUGAACAUGGUUGGACACCCAAAGCAUGUCAAGAAAGCGCUUGAACAAGGUGUUGAUAUCAUUUGCGCACAAGGAGGCGAGGGAGGAGGACACACCGGAGACACACCAUUCACUGUAUUGAUCCCAGCCUGCGUGGAUAUUUGCAAGGAUUAUAAGAGUCCACUGACUGGUAAACCGGUGCUUGUCGUUGCUGCUGGUGGUAUUGCGGAUGGACGUGGGCUCGCUGCUUCACUUGCCUAUGGAGCUACUGGUGUAUGGGUUGGCACUCGAUUUGUUGCGAGCGUCGAAGCUGGUGCACCAAAGAUCCACAAGGACCUCAUUGUUUCUGCUGGCCAUGAUGACUUUGCCAGGACACUUAUUUACAGCGGUCGUCCAUUGCAAGUCCGCAAGACUGACUACGUUGCAGACUGGGAGAACAAUCGUCAAGCAGAAAUCAAAGAAUUUACAUCGCAGGGGAAGAUUCCUCACGAGGAAGAAUUAGAGAAGCAUCCAGAGAAGUCUCUUCCUGGGAGAGCAUGGUUGAUGGGCAAAGUAGCUGGAAAUAUUCACGAUAUUAAACCUGCAAAAGAGAUUGUGGACGAGAUGAUAACGACCGCAGCAAAACAGAUCAAGCAGUCCUCAUCAUAUCUAAUCCCGCAAACGAAGCUCUGAAGUCAUCAUUCGUGGAUAAUCACUAAUCUUGCUAUCAACUAUGUAUGCUUUGGGUUUUGAUGAUACAUCAGAUCAAUACAUUUUAUUUUAGCUUCGCGCUGGAGAAUGUUAUUUUGGUGUGAUAUUGCACGCCCGCUCGGAGUCGGAAUAUUUUCAGUCAUCAUCGCUCAUCAGCUCUGCAAGCUCAGCUUCUUCCUCAGCUGUAAGCUGAUUUUCUGGAGCAGGUUUUAGCUGUUCUUUCUCCUUUGGUUUCGGUAGCUCUUUAGGUGGAGAAAUGAGAUCUGCCAAUCUCCAUCUUCGCAGGGUCUGGUCUAGGCUGGAGCUGACGAUCCACGGCUCAACAGUCACUUUCCCAUCCUCAGAAGUUCUUCGACGGAUCCAGAGACGCAAAGCGAUAACGUCAAGCCAGUGCGCGUCCGUCGUGCUCAGAAGUUCAGGUGUUCCUGGUUCGUUAACAUCGUACAGACGUAUUACGUCGCCCGCAGCUGUCAGUAGGAGUGGCUCUCCAAGGGGUGUGAGUGAAAGCGGGAGUACUGCCUUCACAGCAGUGGGAUGCGUUAUCGCAGGCACAGGCUUGCUUGAUGGUGGUGGUUGUGAAAUGGAAGAGGUGGUAGUAGAAGGUCGAUUCGUAAGAAGUACGGUGUCAUCGGACGAGGCAGUCCAUAAUUGACCUCGUCCGAACCACAUAUCGUUCACACCCGUUCGGUGAAUACACAAUUCCUCCUUCUCGGUCGCACGACAGUUUGGUGUUUCGCCGUACGUCCGAUCCAGAUCCCAGACUUUGAUAAUGCCCAUGGUGUCUGCUGUAUAUAACGUGGCAGAAGUUGUGGACCGGACGUCGAUGGCGACGCAUUGUACAGGUCGAGUGUGUGCAGAGGUGAUUCCGAUGACUUUUAGUGGUUCUUGAUUGCGAACGUUGCUUAAGUCCCACAAUCUCACAACUUUGUCGGAUCCGCUUGUAAUCAAUAUCUUUAGUUCCGGUACGGCAUUGACGAGUUUGACGAAAUCCGAGUGUGCUUCUGUGGACGAUAUAACAGAUUUAUCUUGCGUGUCCCAGAUUUUGACCGUCUUAUCCCAAGAGCCAGACACAAGUAAAGGAGCUGCGCUCGCAUCGCCGGAGUCAUUGAAUAGAGUAAUCGUUGUUACAGGGGCUGUAUGUCCCUUGUACACUUGCCGAGUUACACCUGACUCAAGAUCUAUCCGUCUUAUGACAGCGUCGCUCUGUGCAAUCCAUACAUCGUUGCCUGUGACUAGCACGUCCAGAGGUUUUGCUGGAAGAUCGAGAGGUUCACCCAAGUGUUUCGUGCGUUCUGCCUUCUGCUUGCGUGCCUCUUCAGCGACGAGAUUCGUCUCUGUCCUGAAGAAAUGGUCG